GACACAUAGAGUGAACGGCGACAGCAGCUGUGACAUCUUGCUGCAGCACUUGAGGGUCAGCAUCGCAGAGAAGCACAGUACGAACGCAAUGAUGGGAGUAGGUGUUGGGGCUCCUGUGUUGCUCCUGGGGCUUCUUGUCCUGACCGUGCAUUGCGCUAGGAUACCAUCGACGAUUAACUCAGACAUUCUGAGGUUGCCAGGACCCCCACUUGGAGAGGACUUUUCAGGAGAUGUCUGGGCUCUGCUGAUUGCGGGAUCUGCGGGAUGGGGCAACUAUCGUCAUCAGGCAGAUGUCCUCCACGCGUACCAGGUGUUGAAACGUGGCGGUGUGAAGGAGGAGAACAUCAUCGUCAUGAUGCAGGAUGACAUUGCCCACAACUACAUGAACCCCCACCCUGGCAAGGUCUACAACAAGCCCAAUGGGCAGGAUGUGUACGAGGGAGUCCCCCUGGACUACACUGGCGAUGCUGUCAACGCAAGGAACUUCCUCCAGGUUCUUGCCGGAAAGAAGGCGCCCAAGGUGAUUGGAUCAUCCGGGAAGAUUCUGAAGUCUGGCCCCAAUGACAGGGUCUUUGUAUACUAUGCCGACCACGGCGCUCCAGGCAUCUUGGGCAUGCCCAACGGCGCUUUCCUGUACGCGGAUCAGCUUCUGUCAGUGCUGACCGCCAAGAGCGAGCAGGGCGGCUUCAAGGACCUCGUCAUCUAUGUGGAGGCUUGCGAGUCGGGGAGCAUCUUCCAGGGCCUACUGUCAGACUCCCUCAACAUCUAUGCCACGACAGCGUCCAAUGCUGUGGAGUCCUCCUGGGGCACCUACUGCCCAGGCAUGGCGCCAUCACCGCCGCCCGAGUUCAACACCUGCCUCGGUGACCUGUACUCCGUUGCAUUCCUCGAAAACAGCGACAAGAACGACCUGACGGAGGAGACGCUGCUGAAGCAGUACGAGCUCGUGAAGCGGCGCACGAGCAACAACUACACCUACAACAUGGGCAGCCACGUCCUGCAGUUUGGCAGCCUCAGCAUCGAUGAGGAGCCCGUCGCCGACUACCUGGGCGAGCUCAACACCGGCGACGGCAGCGGAGGUCUCUCGGCCAGCAACGAGCUAUUCGCUGACGGAGGGAUGGGAUCAGUGCCGCAGCGCGACGCAGAUCUGCUGCACCUGUACACCGCGUACCAGCGCGCAGCCACGCCGGCCGACAAGGCCGCCGCGCUCGCCGUGCUCGACGCGGAGAUCGACCGCCGCCGCGCGGUGGACGACAGCGUCCGAUCUGCCGUCUGGGGCCUCCUGCAGCAGCCUGCCGUGCUCGCCCAGCUGCAGACCAAGUACGCGGCGGCGAACCUGCUGCUGCCGACUCAACAGCUGCUCGGCAACUCGGCCGAUGCUGCGCAGCUGCAGGCGCUCAUCGUGGAGCAGUUUGUAAGCGCCCCUCUGCCGCGCGAGCCCGGCCUGGCCCUUGUGGACGACUGGGACUGCCUCCGCGCGAUGGUGGGUGCGUGGGAGGGGCAGUGCGGCCAGUUGGACCAGUAUGGCAUGCAGCACACCCGCACCUUCUCCAACCUGUGCAACGCCGGCAUCCCUGUCGACACCCUCGCCUCAGCCGCCGCCUCGGCUUGCACCCCUGCUGCGCCCGCUGCUUGAGCCAGUCAGACGAUGGGCUGGCAGGCACAUGCUGACGAGGAGCUCUGAAGACACUGCUUCAAUUCCGAGACUGUGCUCAAAAGAGCGUUCAUGGCCUGUGAAGGUGCAGUGAAGAAAGGCUGCAGCAUCAAGAGAUUGUGCCAUAUGAAGGACGCGGUAGGUCUCAAACCUGUUUUGCUGUGUAUAAUAUCUCUCUGCCAUUGAGGUGUAUUAAUUUUUGCACUGUUGCUGAAUAUUUGACGUGAUUAUCAAUAGGAUGACCACUGCGAUAAUCCUGAUGCAGACGAAGCUGCAGCAGCUUGUAUUUUGUAUGUUCCCACCAAUGUUAUUCUUUAUUGUAUGCUCACACACUUUUUCUUUGGGCAUUACUGCGACAUGCAUGUAGUGGCCUUGCUUGUAAAACUAUAAUGAAGCUC